AUGGAGAUGCUGCAUCAAAUUCAGUUGAAUAUUCCUUUGAUGGAUGACUUGAGGGAGAUGCCAGGUUAUGCAAAGAUGAUGAAAGACCUAAUGUCACGAAAGUUUGAUUUUCAGGAUCUAUCCACAGUAACUCUGACGCAGACCUGCAGCGCUGUAGUGACCAGACCGAUGGCUCAAAAGAUGUCCGACCCAGGUAGCUUCACUAUUCCGUGCACGAUUGGGAGUUACGCCUUUGCAAAGGCAUUAUGUGAUUUGGGAGACAACAUGAAUUUGAUGCCUCUGGCUGUAUAUACCAAACUGAGCAUUGGCAGAGCUAGACCGACUUCGAUGCUAUUGCAACUGGCUGACCGCACGGUAAAAAGACCUACUGGGAUUCUUGAUGAUGUAUUGGUGCAAGUGGGGAAGUUCGUGUUCCCUGCAGACUUUGUUAUUCUGGAUUAUCAGGUAGAUGAGGAGAUACCUAUCAUUUUAGGUAGGCCAUUUUUGGCCACUGGGAGAGCCCUGAUCGAUUGUGAGACCAGGGAAUUAAAAAUGAGACUGAACGAUGAAGAAGUCAUAUUCAAUGUUCAGCAAUCUAUGAUGAGACCCAAUGAAUAUGCGAAUUGCUCUCUAGUGAAGGCAGUGGAUGUGAUCCUGCAAGAAGAGGAUGUGACCCUGACUGCUAAAGAUCCAUUGGAGGCAUGUCUGAUAAAUUUAGAAGAAAUGGAUGGUGAAAGGUUGGCUGAGUGGGUCAUCGCACUUGAAGGCCAAGGAUUUUGGAAAAGGGAAUCUCAGUUCGAGUCCCUUGAGUUAGAAAAAAGGGCUACACCUCCAGCAAAACCAUCGAUAGAGGAACCAACCAAGUUGGAGCUGAAGCCACUCCCAGCUCACCUCAGGUCAUAUUUGAUUGGCUCGAAAGUUAUUGUUUACACUGACCAUGCAACAAUUAGAUACCUGAUAGAAAAGAAGGAGUCAAAGCCACGCUUGAUUCACUGGGUUCUUCUGUUACAAGAAUUUGAUCUGGAAAUACGUGACCAAAAAGGGACAGAGAACCAAGUAGUUGACCCCCUCUCAAGAGCAUUCGCACAGCUAUUGGAAAAAUAUGGAGUUCGUCAUAAAGUGACUACCCUGUACCACCCACAAUCGAGCGGGCAAGUUGAAGUGUCCAACAGGGAUAUUAAAAGUGUCCUCACAAAUACAGUGAAUGCAACAAAGACUGACUGA